GUGUGCUGAAACAGAAGAUGAUAACGAUUUCAACGUCUGGGGAAUCAUCAAUCCCCCGCAGCCCACUGGUGCUGAGGUCCCUGUCCAGACUCUCCCCCAGGGCAUCAGUGAACAGCAGCUGGGUCUUGAGGCAUUUAACUACGUGGACAGAGGCUCAGAUUCCAAGUUUAGGGGAGAACUGGUCAGCUAUGAUAUCGGAAGGAUCUUGUUCGAUCCAGUGCUAAAUAUGACCCAGGUGCAGGUGAAUGUAGAGUAUGGUUUCAACCUUUGCCUGAGGUCUCCUGAUGAAAAGACUGACCCCAGGGUUUGCCCACGCGACAACCACCGUGACCACUAUGUAUGCUCGGUGACUGUUGUUCACAAUCCUAACCAGAUUGCCAGUCUCGAUGUUGUUCCUGUUGUUGAGGAUGAUGACGACAUCAAGUGUGAGAGAAGGCGGAGUGUUGAUGAAGAAUUGGUAGUGCCUGUACGUGCUCCAUGCCUGGGUUGUCCUCAAGCUGCUCCUCUCAAUGACCCAACCAUUUUGGAGAUUGCAGACUUUGCUUUGAAGGAAUAUGACAGAGCCUCAAAUGAGGAUGAACUGCACAUGAUUCUUAGACUUGUCAAGGCCCAGACUCAGGUGGUAGCUGGUGUGAAGUACUAUCUUACCAUUGAGCUUGCUGAGACACAUUGCAAGAAACAGCUGACUGGUGUUGAUGUGAACCGCACUUUCUGCCCUCAAGAUGUAACUGAGGAGACAGAGAUUUGUGAUCUCCACGUGGUAGAUCAACCAUGGGUUCCCUCACGUGACCUUGUAGCCUCACAGUGUUAUGAUAAAGAUGACUACCCAACUUCCACCCAAGAUGAGUUCAUUGUUCCUGUGGCACUGGGAACAGGUCUUGGUGCAUCACCCUCUGUAGGCACUACAUUCAGGACAAGUCCACCAACACACAGUGGUCAGAAACCAUUAGAAAUCAAUCCGCAAACACUUGAGAUCGCCAGAUUGGUUGUGGCAGAAUACAACAGACGAGAAGAUGAUGAUGAGUAUUACAAAUUUGUCAAGCUCCACGAGGCAUCUUCACAGAAUGUGGGAGGAACUAUGUAUCGUGUGGUAGUUGAGUUGGCUGAGACCAACUGCCACAAGCUGGACCCGACGCUAGGCAAUGGAGAACACUGUAUCAUUAAUCCCUCAGAAGAUCAUGAGGUGUGCAAAGCUGAAGUGCUUGUCCAAGCAGGGGCUCCAGCACCUGGGAACCAGAGGCUGGUAUCCUUUGCCUGUGAUGAUUUAGAUGACUACUUGAGGGAGACGCUGAUGCCAACCCUGAGCUCAGUUGACCUGAUGGAUCAUCCAUUCUUGAACCUCCCACAAGGUAGAACAAACAUUCCUGGAGCUCAGCCUGUGGCCCUCAAUGACUCAAAGGUGCAUGAAGCUGCUGCCUUUGUUGUUGAACAGUAUAACCUUCGUGGGGAUGAGGAUGAACUUUAUGUACUGACUAAUGUUGUCAGUGCAAACAUGCAGCAGGCACAGGGAAUCACAUACCUUCUGGAAGUUGAAUUGGCUGAGACCCAUUGCAAGAAGUACUUGCCUAUUGCUGACCCGAGCCGCUGUGUGCUUGACCACGGUGAAGAGAGGGAGAUCUGCCAGGCUGAGGUCAUGAUGCCCUCAGCUCCUGGUCAGGCAAAACAGCUCACAAAAUUGUAUUGUGAUGAGCGAGAUGACUACUAUCUCAACAAAAUCAGAGGAAAGAUUUUCCAGAAGAGUGGUGCUGAUCCUUCAACAUUUAGAACAGGUGCUCCAGGUGGACAGUGGAUUGAGAUGGAUGUGAAUGAUAGGAGCCUCAAAAAACUGGGAAUUAAGAUUGCGGAUGAGUUUGAUUUUAGGUCAGACGAGGACAAUCUGUUCAUUUUCCAGAAGGCACUCAAAGCACGCAAGCAGGUGACAUCAGGUGUGAGGUACCACGUGAUGGUUGAGCUGGUGGAGACAAUCUGCCCCAAGUAUAAGAGGCGUAUCAACAAGGCUCGCUGUGCCCCUGAUAUUGGUGAAGAUCACAUGAUCUGCGAAGCCAUUGUGAUGGUUCAGCCUUGGCUUGACAGACAGGAUGUUAUGAACCUCCACUGUACUGAGAAAGAGCACUACCAUGAUGGUGACGAGUCUUUCGAGGUCAAUUUACCCAGUGUUCACCCAACUGCCCAUGCUCGACCAGUCUUCAAGUCCCAGUUUAUGGUGCGAGACAGUAUCGAGAGUGAGGAGAGCAAUGAGCGUUUCUACGAUCCCUCUGGCCGAACUACCUUCGGCAGUGAUGAGUCCUUCGAAGAUGAUUCAGAUGAACUGACUCAGCAUGGUGGAGCAAAGGUUAUUACUCAUUCUGAUGAACUGAACCAGCAUGAUUCUGAUGAACUGUUCCAGCAUGUUUCUCAUGAACAUCACGAGCAUGAUUCUCGUGAAUGGAAUGAGCAUGAAUCUCACGAGCUGUUUGGGCAUGACUCAUUUGAGCGUUUCUACGAGCCCUCUGGACGCACAAACAUUCACCGACAUGACUCUGAUGAAGAUGACUCAGACGAGUUACCGAGCUUCAGGGGCAAGAGAAGGGCACUUGGAGGACCAGGUGGACUUUCUCUUGUUGAUGUUAAUGACAGUGGGGUCCAGGAAAACGCUAAAUUUGCUAUUUCAUCCGUGGAUUCUCUAUCUGAUGAUCCUUUUGCUAGAAAUGUUGAAGUAUUGGAGGCUCACAAGCAGGUCGUUGCUGGUCUUAACUGGCACCUCAAACUCAAGGUAUACUGGACCACAUGCAGAAAGGGGGAGCAAGUAGACAUAGACGCUUGUGAAAAGGAUACGGAGAGACCAAGCAACAUCUGUAAUGCCGUUGUUUAUGAGAAGCCUUGGAUGAAUUUCAAGAAAGUGACUGAAAUGAAAUGCAGACCAGAAAAUGCGAAACAGUAAUUGCUAGUGAGGGAAUAUAUAUAUAUAUUUUUUGGAA